AGGAGAGGAGGACGUGGAGACCCUGGUUCUCCUCAUCGGAGAAGACUGUGGCAAGGAGCACCAGAGGGAAGGAAGUGCUUGGGCACCUGGGCAGCUCAGCCUGUGGAAAGCCAGGGAUCACAUCCCACCUCCUGCCAUGGAGCUGAACCAGACAUUCCCAACCACAUCACUCAUGCUGGAGACAGGUGUAGACAACCCGUGCAGGAUAGACAUCACUGAUGUGGCUAUGGACACUGUCACGCUGCUCGUCUGCCUCUCUGGGUUGAUGGGGAAUGGGGCUGUGCUCUGGCUCCUUGGCUUCUGCAUCAGCAAGAACCCCGUCACCACCUACAUCCUCAACCUGGCCGUGGCUGACUUCACCUUCCUCCUCUUCAUGGUCACCUCAGUCCUCCUUUACAUGAUAGAGAACAUCUUCUGCUUCAGUUUUGUGUCCUUAAUUUACCAGAGGCUCCUUUUGCUGCUCUCGCUCUUCUCCUACAACACAAGCCUGUAUCUCCUGACGGCCAUCAGCAUCGAGAGGUGCACAUCCAUCCUCUGCCCGCUCUGGUACCGCUGCCGUCGCCCUCAGCGCUUGUCAGUCCUGGUGUGUGUCCUGCUCUGGGCCCUCUCCAUCGCUGUCCUUGCUGCAGUGACAUCUCUGUGCUUCUUCCACGAGGAUCAUCACUGCCGCGUGGCUCUCAUCUCCAUGUAUGUCCUCAACUUCCUCAUCUUUGCCCCACUGAUGGUCGUUUCCAAUGUGAUCCUGUUCAUCAAGGUCCAGUGUGGUUCCCUGCAGCGCCAACCCAAGCGGCUCUACAUCAUUAUCUUCCUCUCCGUCCUCUUCUUUCUCAUCUUCUUGGCUCCCCUCAGCAUCUGGAGCUUCCUGCUGCAGUUUGGCUACAUGGAUGUGCCUUCCCAGGCUGUUUUCCUGCUCGCCUGCAUCAACAGCAGCAUCAACCCCUUCACCUACUUCCUGGUGGGGAGCUGCCGCAGGCGCUGCUCCAUGGUGUCCCUGCAGGUCGCCUUCCGGAGGGUCUUCGAGGAGACAGGGGUCACCACGAUCACCCCCUGA